AAGCAUACAAGUGUCUUGUGACAACCAUAUGUUUGAAUUUCAUAACCAGUUUGACUGUCUUCAGUGCAACUCUUUAGAAACUCUCGCGGAGUUAGAACGAGAAUACAAUGGCAGUUUCUUGGUUUAAUUCACUGUUGUCAUUACUGUUGCUUGCCCUGAUCGUUCAGCUAAACAAUGCUGAGGACCCAGAAGUUAAUAUGAACGUGGUAAGUGUAUUUGUACUUCAACAAUUUAACUAUAUAUCCAAUCUUAACUCGUGUCUCGUAAGGCUUAAAUUAUGUAACAUUCAUUCUGAACAACGAAAAAUUAUUUGUCUCCACCGUCGAGCGGAAUUCGAACUGGCCUCCUUCGGGUCUAUGCCCAUUGUCAUUGAGCUAUCGGUCCACAGGUAGAUAUUGAGCAAUUUGAGCAGAUUUGAGCUAGCGAGUCUUAUCCAAUUUGAGUGCACGAAAUACUUUCGCCACAAUUACUGCACGUCCUGAAAAACAACACUGCAUGCGUUGCAAAAAUCCGACUCGCUACCAACAAUUAGCUACCAACAAUAACGAGGUAUUAUAUACAUCUGAAAAAUACUGUACACCUAUAUCAUACAUCGAGGAUUUCGGAACGCAAAACGUCAUGGAAUUGUAUAUAAUAAAUUGAUAUCUUUCCAAAGAAGUGAAUAUUUUCACGAAAAUAGUUAAAAUACAUGGAGAAAAGCACAAGGAACUGAAACAGGACCCUCUUGUCACGACAAACAAUACCCCUCUAAAUGCUGUGUCAACUAAAUUUUGCUGCUUAGACAGUAGUGCCCUACCUAUAUGCUCAUAUAUAUAUACCAAAAUCCAGUAUACUCAUAAGCAUGCUCAUAUAUAUAUAUACGUCGAAAUCUCUCUCGAUGCCCAAAAAUAUUUACCCAUAUAUAUAUAUAUAAGCCUGGUUUGCGGGGAAGCUCAACUCAAGUGAAAAUAUUUCAUUCCAUAUUUUGGAUUUCCUUUUUAUACCUAACCAGUUAUGGUAGGGAUAUUGAGUUUCACAACACGAUGUAGCGGGGGCGUGCGUAUGGGAAUGUGCGCGGGCAUGUACAAUGUGUGUUUUACAUUAAACCAAAUAAUUAAAUCUUCUCUUAAUAUCCUGAUACACUUGUCGACGCUUGACAUACUUCCGCCAACAUUUGAACUUGAAUUUCCAAUACGGAACUCAUUAAAUUCACAAAGUUCGUUGCACAUUUGCUUGACGAAUAUAAUUUUUGUGGAAAAUAUAUGUUUUACUUGCUUUGUUUCGAGGGGCGGAAAUAUGCCACAGCACUGUCAUUGAACAUUCAAAUGAAGCGAACAUUAGAGAACCAGGACCAGUCGAGAAUUUCAGAAAAUAUAUGUAAAGAAAAAUCCUAAUCCCAACGAAUAAUGGUUUUUGAGAAUACUCGUCUUGUUUCAAUUCGUACCCUGAAUUUCAACAUGAAUUUAUUCAUGAAUCAGCAUUACUGUUUAUUAAUAGCCGGGAUAAAGGGCGAUUUAGACUUCACAACUUUUGCUUAAAACUGUCGCAUGCAACCUGCUUACGAGUUGUACUAUGUAAAUAAAUGACAACGCGCGCGAGCAAGUUGUGUGCUUGGUUUACACAGUAUACAGCUCAAGUUGUAAGCAGGUUCCAUGCGACAGUUUUAGGCCUAACUGCCUCGCGUGGCAGCUAGCUCAGCUAUGUAUUUUCACCGCACACGUUGGGAAAGCUACUCAACAACAACAUAAAUGACAAAAUCAUUUGCAUUUUCCUCCAUUUUGUUCCAAGUCACAUGAAGAGACCAUGGUUUGUCAUUGGCUAAUUGAUUCAAACAGCUCAGCACUUAGCUCACAACAUCCGCAGACGCUGAGAUUUUUUCCUCGCGAAGCGAAAUAUAUCAAACACGAUAGAUAUUUUCCUCAAGGCCUCGAGAGGUAGGCCAUAUGGGUAGGCUUAAAAUAUUUAUCCAAUGGUUCGAUUUGUCUGUUUCGUCAGAAUAUUUUACUGACAGCAGAGAACACACCCCUCCGAAAAGGACGUCACUUUGGCGUAGACAAUGUAGAGCCUUUUUCGUGCAUGUGAUAUUAGUUAAAACACCUGACAUCUCGAUUAUGAAACAAACUUGAAUUUCAGGUGACAACUGUCAUCCAAAGACCGCCACAGAUAAGGUCGCAAUAAUUUGUCACUAUUUUUUAGUCUCAAAUCAUUUCCUACUGGGGUUAUCCUUGCGAGGACUACAGCGUCGUAACUUCUGAUGGUUACAUACUAAGCGUUCAACGUAUUCCGCACGGCAGAAACGGCAGACACAAGAGUAACACUGUGAAACCUGUCGUCUACUUGCAACACGGUCUGCUUGGCUCAGCUACACAUUUUCUUCUGAAUCUGGCCAAUAGCAGCCUCGGUUUUAUCUUGGCAGACGCCGGAUAUGACGUAUGGCUUGGUAACUCGCGCGGGAAUAUCUACUCGACCAGACACAAGACAUUGUCACCGGAUUCAGAUGCAUUUUGGGAUUUUAGGUUGGUUUUGCACGACUAAUGAACUAAAGUUAUUUUUACUCGAUCGAGGGUAGCACUAGCAGUUAUUAUCUGAACACAUUGGGGGUCCAGAAAUAACUCUGGACCUUCUCUUUUAGGUAAAACAUUAGGAAAGAUUUAGACAUUUAUACUAGAUAGCUUUACCAUGAGCUUUGUCUAAGCUGUUUUCCUAUAUGUCCAGUAAGUGUCAUCUAUUAUUUUCCGGUGUUACUACAGGAGAAAACCUAAACCAAACUAACUUCAUUUAUACUAGAUAGUCAGUAUAAAUCAUUGCAUCAUUAUAUAUAAUCAAAGAAGUUUCAUAUCAUGCUUUGGUCACAGCGAGACAAAUCUCGUGCCCUACUGUGUAUAUUUUUCAUUUCAUAGCUGGGAUGAGUUCGCGAAAUACGACAUUCCCGCCACAUUAAACUACAUUCUAAACUACACGCAAACGUCCAGUCUAUCAUAUAUCGGUCAUUCUCAGGGGACGACGAUCGCCUUCGCAGAAUUCUCAAGGAAUCAAACUUGGGCUUCAAAAGUGGACAUUUUUAUUGCGCUUGCUCCUGUGGCUUAUGUUGGGAACAUGGUUUCACCUUUGAAAUAUCUUUCUUACUUCACUGGAGAAAUUGAGGUAGAAUGUCCAUUUGUUAGUGCGCUUGUUUGACUGUAAGAAUAAAACAGUUUGACCAAGGACAAAUCGAUUAAAUUUUGGAUUGUCACACAUCUUCUUCUGAUCUCUUCAUUCCACGAUGUCUCUAGCCAGCUUUCCUUCAUCUCCUCUUAUUACAUGUCCAUAUAUCAUCUCAACCUUGCUUCCCUCAGACCCUCACCUUCUCUGCAAUGUCUACCACCCCACAUCUUCUUCUGAUCUCUUCAUUCCAUAAUGUGUCUGGCCAGCUCUCCUUCAUCUCUUCUUAUUACAUGUCCAUAUAUCAUCUCAACCUUGCUUUCCUCACCUUCUCUGCAAUAUCUAUCACCUCACAUCUUCUUCUGAUCUCUUAAAACAUUCCACAAUGUCUCUGACCAGCUCUCCUUCAUCUCUUCUCAUUACUUGUCCAUAUAUCAUCUCAACCUUGCUUGCCUCACCUUCUCUGCAAUGUCUACCAUCCCACAUCUUCUUCUGAUCUCUUCAUUCCAUCAUGUCUCUGGCCAGGUUUGCCUCAUAUUUUCUUAUUACAUGGCCACAUAAUCUCAGCCUUGCUUCUCUCACUUUUUCUACAAUGUCUACCAUACCUCACAUCUUUUUCUGAUCUCUUUAUUCCAUAAUGUCUCUGACCAGAUUUUCUGCGCUCCUUCGCCCAGCGGCUCCGUUGGUGUUCCAAGAUCCGCCAUGUAAAGUGUAGUGAAAUGUAUCUCAAUACUAAUCGUAAUCAUAGCCAACAGAAGCCUCUGCGGAGGAGAGAGUCUUCAUUCCAUAACGUCUCUAACCAGCUCUCCUUCAUCACUUCAUAUUACAUGUCCAUACCAUUAUUUUGUUAUUGUCAUUAAAGUAUUAACUUUAAUUCUCCAUGUAUUUUUAGUUGCUGUUUAAGAUUCUUGGUGUGAGAGAUUUCAAUUUACCGCCGAAAGUUCAAGAAUGGCUUGCAGAGUUGGCAUGCAACCCGAAACUUGGCGAAGAAUUGUGUGCUAAUGUCGUAUUCUUGCUCUGUGGUUUUGAUAAGGCACAGAUGAAUGAGGCAAGGACACAAUGUCGGCUUUUUGUUUCUCUUGCGGGUUUGCUUCUCUAGAUCUUUUUCCAUUCUAUUUUGUCAUGAAAUAUCAACGAGCUUGAGCAUUUACAUUUUUUAGACCCGAAUGCCAGUUUACACAGCUCACAUUCCACAGGGAACCUCAGUAAAAGACAUAAUAAAAUGGGCUCAGGUCAGUAUGUGUGAUUGCAAAACCAUUCAAAUACAUACCAUGUCUUCAGAUUUUAUUUAAGUGGAAGUAGCCAAGGAUUCUUGGAGUUGCAAGUCAGUAACUCUAUCUUCUCCUGAUCUCUUCAUUCCAUAAUGUCACUGACCAGCUCUCCUUCAUCGUUUCUUAUUACAUGUUUAUAUCAUCUCAGCCUUACUUCUCUCGCCUUCUCAGCAAUGUCUACCACCCCACAUCUUCUGAUCUUUUCGUUCCACAAUGUAUCUGACCAGCUCUCCUUCACCUCUUCUUAUUACAUGUCCAUACAAUCUCAGCCUUUCCUCGCUUUCUCUGAAAUGCUUUGUACCCUACGUUUUCAUCCGACAUCUUCAUUUCUUAUCUUAUCCUUCAAUAAAAGCCUAGAAUCCAUAUCAAGAUCUGAUCUUUCUCUAUCAGUAUCAUCCAGCAUUAGACUCGGUAAUGAUAUAAAUAUUCAGUAUAAUCUUUGCAGGGUGUUCGUUCUAAGAGGUUUUGCAUGUAUGAUUACGGAACUUCAGGAAACCAAAAACAUUAUGGCCAAGUAAGUGUCAAAAUCACUUUCAAUUUUUAGCUGUAUCUGAUAUAAGCGACAUUGACAAGAUAAGCAAAACUUACUGAACUUCAGACAUAAUUUUCUAAUUUUCUUAAUUACUGUACAGAUAAAGCACUAAACAUAUUUUUUAAGUUUGUGCAUAUUUUUAACCGAGUAAGAAACGUACCAUAACCAAGUGUUGUAGUACAUUCGUUAGUUUUGAGCGUGUUAGUAACGCGGAAAAAAUCUCUUAAUUAAUAAUAUCAGGGAUGGAUUUACUGGGGGGUGCAGUGGGGUGCACACCCCCCAAGCCCUGGCCAGGAGGGGUGCAGGGGGGGUGCUAUUUUUCAUGAUAAAGCAAAAAAUUAUCAGAGACAAAAUGAGAUUCAGUAAUUUGAGUAAUAACAUGAUGAUAAGCGAGCUGCGAACAACAAUUACAAUUCAAAUACUGUAGCUAGACUUUGCAGUAGUUAAGCAAGUUGAUGGAUGUGUAAAGUCACUGGUAAGCAAUUGCAACGUACUCGUCCGGAAAAUUUUUUUCCCUAAAAAGUUGUCGAUGGGGGGGGGGAGGUUGUUGCUUUCCGAAAAUUUUUUUUGGCAGAGCACCCCCCCUACCAGACCAUGCUGGAUCCAUCCCUGAUUAAUAUGUGAUCCACUGCCUCUUUCCAGGACACGCCACCAUCUUACCAUCUAUCAUCCGUGAAUGUUCCAACAGCUUUAUUUUACGGGGGGAACGACUGGCUGGCGGAUGUGAAAGAUGUAAACAUGAUUAUCGCACAACACAAACAUAUUGUUUACAAAAAGGAAAUCGUAGCUUGGGAUCACUUGGAUUUCAUUGCCGGCAAAGACGCGCCCGCAUUGAUUUAUGGCGAUAUUCUGAAACUAUUGGCGAAGCACAGCCGAAGAUCUUCUAAUCGUUUGAGAAAUCGUAUCCGCGUCUAAUGCAUGAUUAAAGCCCCGAUCAAACGAGGACGAGGGUUGAUGGGAGUUGGCAGUCACAGAUUCUUACGGGGGACAUUUUACGGUCAAACAAAAUAAAGGUUUGUUCCAACUAUGUUUCAACUUAAAUAGAAUACACGAUAGUGUUGGAAAAGCACUCAGUUGCACCUAUUAACCAGAAUUAUUUUAUCAUCUCAUUCUUAAGAACUUCUGAAAUGAUAUAAUAACUUAUUUUGAAGAUUUUCGUUUGCUCACUUUGUUCCUGAGAUAUUUCAGUUUGUUUGAUAUGCAAAUAUACGGAAUUCACGUCACAAAUGUAUAAUAAUAUAAAGCAAAUGCUUGUGUAUCACAUUCACUAUCAAGUUUUAAUUCAUUAAAAUAAAGUUUGGAGUUGUGGGAGGACUAUACAUUCCUAUGUAAAACACCAUUCAGCCCUUUUGGUUCAUGAUACCUUACAUUCUCUGAUCAGUCCGACUAUUCAUAUAUGUGACGUAAGUUUCGGAUAUCAAGGUGUGCAAACGAAAAUCUUCAAAAUAAGUUACAAUAUCAUUUCAAAGGUUCUUAGGAAUGAGAUGUUAAAAUAAUCGAGGUUAGGUGCACUUUAAGAACAGCUAACCAAGGUCACGUGACUGCCAAAUCUCACGCACUCUCAUCCUCGUUUUAUCCGGGCGUAAUACUUAGAGCCCUAACGCCAUGAUGGACAACCUGGGAAGCGUUUCUGAAAAACUAUGUUUCCAACAUUUUGUCACGUUUUACCGCCACUGAAAAUACUAUUGCAGAAAGAAAAUUUGUUUCCGAGAAGCCAGAAUGUUUCGAAGAAAUUCUGAAACAUAAUUCGCUUGGCUCAAAUGCGACUUUUGUCACGGAAACGUUGAUGUUUCCAGGUUUCCGAAGGUGCAAGGGCUUAAAGAUAGAUUUUUGCUUAUUUUGUGAUGUAAACAAUUGUUUUUGGUCAUAUAUUUCAAUCUUCUUGUUUCAAUAAAAAAAUUAUAGGAUUUCCUCGUUGUUUAAAAAUAAAUUUUAUAAAUAUCUUUUCAUUUUUUGGAUUACCCGUUCAUCAGCUUUUUAUGUUAUUAACUGGUCUUGUGCAUACACUAUUUUACUAUAUGCCAACGUCGCCCUCGAUAAACGAUUUUAGUCUUCAAAGAUGAAUCUUUUCAAGCCAGAUUAAGCCCU